AUAAAAAUUUGCACGGACGGUGUCGGCGGUCUAGCGAGCGCCGAGGCCGAUUACCAGCCACUUGCCACUAGCUGCUGGCGUCUGGCUGAGUCCUGUGCAUAACUAUUAUUAAUAUUUGUCGUUUAUACUUUUAUUUAGUGGUGAUAAAUAAUAAUACCGUGGUAGUCGUAACUGUGCGUUUGUCGUGUGAUUAUUAUUUUUUCAACGAACGAAAAACUAUCGAUACCCCAAAACCGUCAGCGUAAAGAAGAACGUUGUUUAACUUUUGGGGUGGAAUACCAGAAGGGUCGUUCGCGAGACGACGAUGGACGUCCUGACGAAUCACUACUGUUUCCGUCCGAAACGUUGAGGGGUUGUCGUGGUGGUCGUCGGGGUGUGUCUGUGGAUUUCGCGGACGAUGCAACACAGUAGCGGCGUGAUCGGCAAACCGGACACGGUCAGACCGGCCAAGCAUAAUGGUGGCAACAUCGCUGGUAUGUACGACUUGGAGCAGACGCUCGGUAAAGGUCACUUUGCCGUCGUUAAGAUGGCCAGGCAUGUGUUCACUGGUGAACAAGUAGCCGUCAAGGUGAUUGACAAGAACAAGCUGGAAGAAGUCUCUCGUAAUCAUCUUUACCAGGAGGUUCGUUGUAUGAAACUAGUGCAACAUCCUAAUGUUGUGAGAUUAUAUGAAGUGAUUGAUACACACAGUAAAUUAUAUCUCAUACUUGAGUUAGCUGACGGUGGAGAUUUAUAUGAUUACAUUAUGCGACAUGAAGGUGGAUUGUCUGAGAAAUUGGCUUGUGAAUAUUUUGCACAAAUUGUACGAGCAAUAUCAUACUGUCACAAACUGCAUGUUGUCCAUAGAGAUUUGAAACCUGAAAAUGUGGUAUUUUUUGAAAAACAAGGAAUUGUUAAACUUACAGAUUUUGGUUUUAGCAAUACAUUUUGUCCAGGUCAACAAUUGGAAACGUCGUGUGGUUCAUUAGCUUAUUCAGCUCCUGAAAUUUUGAUUGGAAAUUCAUAUAAUGCUACUGCUGUUGAUAUCUGGUCGUUGGGUGUAAUUUUGUACAUGUUGGUAUGUGGUGAAGCACCAUUUCAUUCAGCUAACGACAGUGAAACUUUAACAAUGAUAAUGGACUGUAAGUACAAAGUCUCCAGUCACGUGUCUGAAGAAUGUAAAACACUCAUUGGACGCAUGCUUGUGCGAAAUCCUGAAAAACGAGCUAAUCUUGACGAGAUCGCUGCAGAUGUUUGGUUGAAAGAUGUCAAAGUGAUAAAUGAUGACGAGAGUCCAUUGGUGUCUAAACAAUUAAUUAACGAAGACGACCAUGCAUUAAUUGUUCAAAAAAUGAUAAAUGGAAAAAUUGCAACUAAAGAACAGAUUGUAGAGGCUCUAGAUAAAAACGAGUAUAAUCAUAUUACUGCUACUUAUUAUUUACUUGCAGAAAGAAAAUUGAAGUCGGCAACACCAAAAAAAUCUCAAACUAGUAAAAAUGAUAUUAAUGUUUCUCAGUUAAAAGUAGAAGAUAAUUCCAAUCAAAAGAAUGAUUCGAUGGUUGUUAAUGUUGCACCUAAAUCUGCUACAUUAGUAUCAUUGCAUUCUGAUCGUCCUAAAAGAACACGGAAGUGUAGUGUUGUAGUUGAAGAAGAAGACGAAAAGGAAGAUGAGGAAGAGGAUGAUGAUAAUACUUCAUUAAAUCGAAGGGGCUCUCGGUCAGAAGGAAAAUUGAAUACAAUAGCUUCUGAACUACAAACAAAAAAACUUUCGAUCACUGAAAUACAUGAAACAAAUCCGACAUCUGUUUCUGUUGCAUCUAACAAAAUCCCACCACCCUUUGUGUCUUCUCACAGUUCACCGCAGCUACUUCUGGAUGACAAGCAAAAUAGAAUUGGCAAUUAUAUAACAUAUGAACAAAGACGAAGCAAAAUGCAUAAAAAUCGUACAGCAUCCUGUAGCAGCUCUGAAACUAGUGACGAUGAUACUGAUGGCCGUAAAAAGCGAGGCAGUAGUAGGUCACUAGCUUCAUUUAAAGGUAAUGAUAAGGAUCCUGAUAACGAUGGAAUGGGAAAUUCUGGUGGGCAAGGGACAGAGCCAUCACAAGAACAUGACACAGAUAUCCAAAAAAGAGAUGAGAAUAGUGAAAAUAAAACAGAAAGACCAAGUGGAAGUGCUGCAGGCAGACGACGAUGCAUAAGCGCAAAUGUCAGAAGUCGAAGGGGUAGAUCAGCUGAAACUAGAUUAAGAGAGAGUCAAAGUUUGAAUCGUAUCACUGAAGUCCAAGAAUCUGAAGUAAACACCCCCGGUUCUACUGUUAACUGCGACAAUUUUGAAUUCAUCAACAAGAGCUGUCAGUUGUCUGUAGACAAUACCACUGCUGAUAAAAACCCUGCAACCAUAUCAACUUUACCCCAGUAUAAAAAACACCAGACAUCCAAACGCAUCUCUUUGUUUAGUAAGUAUUUGAAUUUACAAAAAAAAUUGUGUACACAAAUCCUGUUUAGCAAGAAAUCCACAGAUAACCGUUUGUAUAAGGCAAAAUCAUGUUCAGAAAUGGCCAACUCCAAAAUUGCUAUAAGAGAAGUGAGCGCGGACAGGUGUUAAACCCUUCUCAAGCACCGCACAACAAAUGUAUUAUUAUUUAGUCCAGGUGUAUUAUGUCAAACAAUAUUUUAAUUUAUUACUUUUUAUCAUUGAAUUUCCAAAUGAAUAUUAUUUCUAAAUUUGUAUGGCUCCUAUUGCUGAUAUCACAUUAUAUGAUUACAGUGAUUUUUAUUUAAUUUUGACUUGCAACACAAUAUUCCCUGAAAACUAAUCUAUUACUGACUAAAUAUAUUUUCUAUUAUAAUUAUUAACUUGUUUUAGUUUAGAAUUAUUUUUUCUUUAAGAAAAUUAAAUUUGUUAAUUUUUAACCAAAGUUAAUUUUUACACGCAUAUAUUUUUAUACAUGAGACUUGCUUAAAUGUGCAGUACAAUUAUGAAGACGCACACUGAACUAUUUGUUUUUUGUUUUUAAGUUUUUAGUCAAUACCAAAUUGUUAUUAUUUUUGAUUGUGUAAUAUAUUAAAUAUGUUGGUUAAAAGGAGAAACAAUAAGAUUUUACUAGAUAAUUAAAGAAAUCAGACUAGUCAAUUUUACCCUCAAUAAAGGUCACAAAGAAAUCAAUUUGUUUUAUAUAUUAUUUUAUGUAAAUUGUUGUUUAAUUAUUAUUAUUAUUUCUUUUUGAUUAUUGUUUAAAAUUAAAAUAUUUAAUAAAUAAUAUCUAUAGUUGAAUUUUACAUAAGUAGAUAAUAUUUACUAUACAAUAUCAAUGUAUUUUAUUGUUAUCCAUACAACACUAUUAUUACUGUUUAUUGGUUGUGAAUUAGUCCAUGAGUUAAUCCAUGUUAAAAUAUUAUAUCAUGAUAACCGUUCUCUAAGUAGAAUACCAUCAAUACUAACAACAAUAAAAUACAUUUUCUUUUUACCAUGGGCAUAAAUGUUAGAAAAAUAGUGCCAUAUUUAUUAUAUAUACAUUAAUAACUAUACAUAAUAUAUAGAUAAGUUUAUUAUUGUUUAACAUAAUAAUUUUGUAUACCAAAAACUAUAAUAUGUUAUUAUAAACACUAAACAAAGUAUAAGUGUGCAAUAUAUUUACCAUAUAUAUUUUAGAAAUUUUAAAUACAUUAAAGUUGACAAUCGAAGGUUAUAACUUCUUUUCUGUUACACACUACCAUAUUGAUUUGAAUUUUGUUUUUAGUACAAUGAAUAUCUGUUUAAAAUAACAGGAAAAUAUUUAACUGCUGUAACGGUAAUAUAUACUGUUGUUCCAUGUUCAAAUGUUUUCUUUAUAUUUAUUAGUUGCAUUGUUUAUGUUUUGUAUUAUUAUUAUAGUAAUUACUUUCAAUUAUAAUAUAACAUUUUUUAUUUCAUUUAUAUGAGCAUUGUGAACUCAUAACAUUAUGUUUGAUGCAAGCUACAAAUAUUGAUUAUGUUUAAAUGAAAUUGAACUGGUUGUGAUUAUUAUGGAAUUAAAAUAUAUUAAUAUAAUAUGAA